GCAGAUUAGCGUGAUCGCGGCGAAUCUCGCGCCGGCCGCGGGUAUAAAGCGCGCGCCUCCUGUAGGACGCACCACUGUUCAUUCGGGAGCAACAUGAAGACCUUCCUAGUAUUCGCUGUCUGCCUAGUCGCGGCUCAGGCCCUGACCGACGAACAGAAGGAGAAGCUUAAGAAGCACCGCGCGGAGUGCCUCACAGAGACCAAGCCCGACCAGCAGCUCGUCGACAAGCUCAAGACUGGAGACUUCAAGACGGAAAAUGAGCCCCUGAAGAAGUACGUCCUCUGCAUGAUGAUCAAAUCAGAGCUGAUGACCAAGGACGGCAAGUUCAAGAAGGAUGUCGCGCUCGCCAAAGUUCCUAACGCAGCUGACAAACCCGCCGUUGAGAAGCUGAUCGACACCUGCUUGGCCAACAAGGGCAACACCCCGCAGCAGACGGCGUGGAACUACGUCAAGUGCUACCACGAAAAGGACCCCAAGCACUCCAUCAUCGUCUAACGACC